UUCCUGAAAGGUUCCGAUAGAAAUAGGAGAAGCUGAAGAGGAACUCUCCUCUCUGGAGGUAUUUUGUUUGGGUCUGGGAAUUCUGACUCAUCUUUUGAAAUUUCUCUUGGAGGUACAGACAGAUAGCAAAAACGUGUUUAAUGAUAAAGAUAUCUGAAGUCUAGCAGACAAAGUGAAUUUAACUGAGGACUUUUGUUGAUUAGAGAGUGCAGACGAAAAAUUGAGGAACUUUGGAGGAAAGCACUCUGGAAAGUCAAAUAACAUUGAGCAGCAACCACCACUUCCACCCCGUUUUGCAAACUCACUGCCACUCAAUGUCAGACAUACACAAGAUACAGAAACAGAUCGGAACUUUACUUUAGACCGGGAAAUGGCGGAUAGAAGAACGCAGAGAGGUUCCAACAACAAGCAGACGGCAAGUUGCGAUUCGAGGUCAGCAGAUGUAAAAAGAAGAUCACGAAGCGCAGGGCCUCCGGGAAAAAAUAAGAAGAGAAAUUCGAUGGAUGAGAGAAAGUUUCUAGCUGCCCAGGAGAAGAAAAAUAAAGCUUCCCGAUACUAUCAAAGACAGCAAGAACUUAAACAAGGUACACGACAUUCUCUGUACAACGAACCACAGUCGGAUGAAGGUGGUUUUCCUAAUUACAGUUCCAGCGCAUCGGACUCGGAUUGUAACAACAAAACAAAUUGGAUGAAAAGCCCAUUAAACAUAAGAAAUGCUAAGCAGAAUGAAAAAAGACAACCUAGUGGAACUUAUGACAAUGGUGUUUACAGCAUCAAUGAAAAUGAAUAUAACAGACUGGAAAGUCAGAAUAUGAAGAACCGUCAAGCUUUAAGAACAGGGGCAGCUCGUGAAUCCGACCUUCGUGACAAAAAUGGAAACCCCAAACAUAAGUUUCAGAAGCUUGAAGAGAGACGGAAUCAGAGGAUUGAUUUUACUGUGACUUCAGACGACGAAGUGAAUUCUCCUGAGGCUGGGAUCACCAAAUUAAGACAAAGAGCUCUUCAAGGAUCGAAGCAAUCCCCUAAAUUACCCGACACUUUGGAAGAUUGGAACUUCUCUUCAAAAGCUCCCCAGGUUUCCUCGUCACUAGAAGUGAAGCGAACGUACCAUGGGAACGUGGAGCAGGUAGAAAAUGGAUCGUCCUCUUCAGAGCAGAUCACCCUCCGACAAAUAGGCCCAGGUAUACGCGUGUCAAAGUCCCCGAAUCAGACGAGCAGUGACGGAGGUCAAAGGCGAGGAAGUGGUCAGGAAAAGAAAGUGGCUGUUCAGGGGAGUUAUAGAAAAAUACCGAAGCAGGAGAGUGACUUCCGGCAGAUUCAAAGUGCCAAUACACCUGAAGUAGAGAACACACCGAAACAAACCGAUGCAGCACGCACCGGAGAUUCUAUCAAUAGAAUAAGGGAACUACCUUCAGGGGGAUACGUGAGAUACACAGUUGAACACCAAGGAAAUAUUCCAUUAAAUGUAAGAAACGUACAGAACAGGGGUGCAGAAAACGUUAUAAAUUUUCAGGAAGUCAAAUCUAGUCAGCCUGUCACCAUUAAAAAGGCAAUGGACAGAAUGGAUAACAAACGAAAAUCGUACAGUGACGAAGAUUCUCUUGACGAUCUUGUUGAAUCUAACAUUCAAUACUUAGAAAGUGAAUUCGAAAAUGGAAAAUUGAAGAAACUUAAUAGUCAGAAACCUGCAAAAUUUCCUAUUCCAGUAGAACAUCGUGAUGUGAAUAAAGAGAAAAGGCGAUCUGCAUCUUUGGAUGGAUAUGCCAGAUCUAGACCUUCGUGUAGUGAUUCUUUUCAGAGUGAGGUUAAACUUCGCUUACAGAUUCCAUCAAUGGUACAAAACAACAGGUUUCAUCAAACCAAAAUUGACACACAAAACCGUGGUGAAGCACCAAAACGCCAUGAACAUAAGCUGUAUUCACCACAGGUACCUAGAAAACCUGUACAAACAACAGCAAAUUUCCAAUCGCAAUAUCCAAAUGGUGCAUUGUUUCAAAACACUGUUCCCAAGUAUGAAAGGAAAUUUCAAUCAGCAACUGCGAGUCCCUACUUGCAAAGACGGGCUUUAAAUUUAGGUGAGAUGGAAGAUAUUUCAAGAUCUGAAACUCAGAUUAACUCUCAAGAAAACGGGUUUUCCUAUCAACUGCCGUCAAAUUUCAUUCAUCCCUACUUCAAAGAAUAUCAGAAAACAGAGAGAACUGUUUAUAAAAAUAAAGACGAUGACGUCAUAUCUAGUGAAUCGGUUAUAAAAAGUGUUUCAGUUCCUGGAAUGGAGAGCGGAAUGUUCUCUGAUGUGGAUUACGACAUUGAAGUUUCGGAGCGAAUCAAAAAGUGGGAAAAAUAUAUGAAGAAACCAGGACUCCAAGACAAUAGUGAUAAACAACUAGGUUCAAUAUCUGAAACCACUAAUGAUUGGCCUAUGGAGCCUGAAACUCCAGUUCCUGUGCCACAGACGAUAUCAGUGUCAUCCACAUCUGUUACUUUGACAAAGGCUCCCUCAAAACCCGUUGAACAAGGAAAUCCGCAAGAGUUCAAGGAAACCUAUUUCGAACCGAAAGUAAAAUCAACAGAAACUAAUACACAUAGAAUUUUUCGUGUUUUACAAGACACAAAACCCCAACAAGACAAUCCACAAACUAUGGACAAUACUUAUAACUGGGUAAAAAAUCCAUUGUUAAUGGAUACUGGAGUUGGAGACGCUCAAGACAUUGAGUCUAGUAGUACAUGUGUGGAGGAAUCAGUGUUAAGUCCUUACAUAGUGUCAAGGCAAGGAUGGCCUCCGCAGUCAGCUGCAACUCUGAUUGUAGAAAAAAGACCUUCAAGGCUAUCAAGAUUAGAGGAUGAAAUAAACGAACUUCAGGACAUCAAAAUUGAAAGUGUUCGAGACCUAAGACGAAAAUUUGACUCAGAUGCAAGCGGCAAUGAAAGUGCAGAUGUAACUGAUACGCCAUCGACACCUGCUGUUAUGACUCCAAUGCGUCAACGGAGACAUUUUGUUCGGCCUCCUCAAAAUCAAGAGUCGAAGACUUUGUACGUGCAAAUGUCAAACCAAACUGAAAAUCAGUCGACACCACAAUCAAAGAGUUAUGAAAGGAAAAUAAACACUCUACGGGUGGAAAAAUUACCAGUAGAAGAGGAUGUGUGGUCACCAAACAUGCCUAGUGAUAAAGGGAUGGUUAGUAUUGAGCGUGUAAAAGCCCGGACACUCCAGACUAUCCCAUUUUCUGAGGACCCAAUAUGGAAAGAGAUAGAGGAAAUGACCAAUAUGGAAUUGUUGGUCAAUGAUCUGAAUGAACCAGCUGCUGCCUCCCCUCCAAUUCGUCCGUCCGUUGAAUCCUCAGUUCUGAAGCGAAACAGUUAUAUAGAUUUUGAAAAAGUUCCAAUACCCGUGACAAACACAGCAAAGUCUCCUACCGUACAACAAUCAAAACCUGUUGUAAAAACAAAGCCCUAUUUAACACCAACAAUCCAACCAUUAAAGCUUACAAUUGACACUAAGAGUAGUGUUGACGCUUUGGAUGAAGUUCUUGAAGACAUUAGAUCAUCUUUGCAAAAGAAGCCAUUGAGUCCAAAUGUGCAAAGAAAACGAACAGAUGAAACGGGAUCCUCAUCCAUAUUAUCUCCUACCGUUUCUAGUACGGGCCAGAUAUUUUUCCCGACAAAGUCUCCCACCAAAUCGGAGGUUCCUUCAGCUGCAGCAGCCCCAUGGGCUAAUCAGUAUGGAUACAAACCAAGUUGGCAGGAUCAGUAUGGGAGCAGUGAUCUUAACCCGUCCAUGGAACAAUCUACGUAUGUUCAAAAUCAGCCUACAUACAUAGAUCCACAGUUUACACAGUUUCCACACAUUAUCAACGGAAAUUAUCAGCUAGACCCGCAUCUGCUAAAAGAAAAAUUGUUAAGCACUGGCCUCGCUGAUUAUCUAUCAGAGACGGAAGAAUCUCGCCGGAGAGAGCCACCAACACCUCCUGAACGCAAAUGCGACGCUGAGAGGCAGGUUUUGAGAUCUAUGGAAGAGCUAAGAAAGCUAGCGGAAGAUGUGGAGACAAGAUUACGUCAAAUAAGGUCAAAAAUUGUCCAAAGUGAUGAAAAGAAACUUGAUCUUGUUGUUUCAGCACUGAAAAAGUUCGAACCAGAUAUAAACUUGAAGCAAGAUUCCAAAAGCGAAAGUCGUGAAGAACAUUCUCGAAAAAUGGAGAAGAUGGGGGAAGCAUUGUCAGAACUAAACAGAAUUUACAAGCAGUUGGAUAUAGAUGAGGAGAAAACCAAAGGAUCAACUUCCCUCGGUAGGUCCAAAUCAUUUAAUACAAAUUCUUCUCGACCGGAAUUUAAAAGAACUUUUUCAGACUCAGAUUACAAUGUAAACUUUUAUCGAGAUGAAUGUUUAGCCGAAGUUGAAAAAGAAACUCAACGUGAAUUUGAAGACAUCAAUAAAUCUUUUCAGACUCUCCUCGCAGAAGUGUCAAGUGAUGCAAUACAAUCACCAAAGACACAAAUGGAUGAUGUUGAUCACAAUGCGCAAAUCAAUGCUACACUAGAGAAUUUUCUUGGCGAAUUUCGAGCUUCGAAUUCAAGGUCUACAACUGAAACGAUGGAACCAACAGAACUAAAGAGACACUUUACUCAUUCGAAUGAAAAUUCACCUUCAGUACGAAACACAUGCAGAGAGAUAUUGAAAUCUGAAGUAUUCACAGCUUGUUCGGGCCCAUUUAAUGUCCUAGUUGGUAUUAAUGGAAGACAAAGACCAUUGCCAAGAAAAAAGCCACAGUCGCAAGCUACAGUCAAAAAGGAAGAAAUGUCGAAGACAGAUUCUACCACGUCAUCACUGGAAGAUGGAUCAAACUGGUCUCCUGUUCCCGAGACCAAAACAUCAUCAAUACGGGUUCAAUUAUCUCCAUCUUUAUCUCGUGAAUCAGUGUCAAAAGAGUGCUCCGAUUGUGACGAAAAGCAAACAAAUACAAGUAAAGCACAAAGAAGAUUCAAGAAAAACGCAAAUCUCACUCAUCGUAAAUCAAUGCCAGCUGAAAUGAUAAAGAAAAGUGUGGAAACACAAACAGCUGAUGUAAACUGGGCAACAUCGGUGGCAAAUAUGAGAGAAAAGUUUUCAAAGAUAGAUAGAGAGGACUCAGUCUCAAGUGAGAGCUCGGUUGAUUUUAAAGGACCAAAGAGAAGGCGACAGAUUGCCAGAGGAAUAGCCAUGAUGCUUGAAUUCUUCAGUUCUAGUGACGACGAACGAGGUAAAAUGACACUGUCUCAUUCACAGAGUGCCCCCGACAUACGCAGCUUGUUUGUUGCAGAUUGUAUAGAUAAGCCUGUGUCUAACAAAGCUCAAACGCCAAGGGCAGUAAAACAACGUCAUGAGACGAAGUCAAGAAAAAGAUCUGUGGAACUGAGAAGGAAAGACAAAGCAAAAGAGGAUAAAAAUGAAGAGGCAUCAGUGGUUUCUACAACGUCUGACGACGGCUAUGGAACAAAACCUCCUGUACAUCCGGGCAAACAAAGAUCUUUCAGUCCAGAAGUUAAGAAUGAAGGGGAUGUACGGAGAAUACAAGGAGAGUGUCAUGGACAAACACAAACAGAUGAAUCAGAUUUUCAAACGGUGCAGUUGUGCAAGGGUAAUGAUCGCAAGAGAACAGAUGACCAAGAAUCUGAAAGACCACAUAGUUUUCAUGAACUCCUUGCGAUGUUUGAACCAAACCUAUCAAGAUUGGCAAAAUUGAAAAACUCGUUAAGGAAGUGUGCCUCUGUAGAGGAAAUUCAACAGGAAACAAUAUUUCGUAAAACAUUUUCAUCUGAACCAGACCUUAGUAAAUUAAAUGGUCUUUCAAGUGAUCGAACAAUUUUUAAGCUCGAAGUGAUGUUAAAAUGAUUAAAUAGAUAAUAGUAGUGAAACAACUGUAGUCGACUUAAUACUCAUCGAGCUAGAAAAUAUCAUUAGAAAGCUAGCAAUUUUUUGUAACUUGUAGAUAAAAACUAGCAACUAUGAUUAACAGCUUAGAGGACAUAUGCAGCUUUUGUGAGGCUUAAAUGUGAAAUCACGACGGACUGUGUAAUAUGUGAUACAAAAGCACAAUGUGAUAACAAAACAAUGGCCGUGAUGUAUAAAAUAAUUAAAAUAGCA